AUGGUUAAACAACUUGCUCGCCAAAAGAGAGUUAUACCAAGCGGCCUCAGACAAUUUUAUAGAGCGUAUCAUCGCGAUGCAAGAUUUCCAACCGAAGAGAAGCUUGAAGCUCAGUUUUUGGAUAUAUCAAAAACCUUCGAUCAAGUAUUUCUUAUCAUGGAUGCAAUGGACGAAUUUGAGGACCGAAAAGAAUUCCUCUCCAUGAUUACAAGGUUUGCCAGGGACUCUUCUAUAAAAUUUAAGGUCUUUGUGACGAGUCGCAAGGAGGGGGACAUUGAAAACGCUUUCACUCGAUAUGGUUUCCCUGUAAUCCAGAUUAAGGUAAAAAGGGUUGACGCCGAUAUCGCCACCUUUGUUCGUUAUGAGGUCGAAAAACGAAUCAAAGAAAUGAGAAGGGGCAUCAUUGAUCAAGGACUCCAGAAAAGAAUCAUAGAUACCCUAACAUCUAAGUCGGGUGGGAUGUUUUUAUGGGUUAAAUACCAAUUGGAUUAUAUUUACGAGCAACCAACGGCCAGAGAUAUUGUCACAGCCCUGAGCACACUGCCGGUUGACAUGGACGCAACGUACACCCGAAUUUUAAGAAGAAUCGACAAACAGGUUCCGGCCAAGCGCGAGAUAGCCCGACAGGCUUUGAUAUGGGUAAUUUGCGCUAAAAGACCACUGAGGCAUGAAGAACUAGCAAUCGCAAUUUCUAUCAAACCCGAAACAACAACGCACAGAGACUUGGAUCAGGUAGACGAUAAAGAAAUACUUCUCGAAGCCUGCUGUAAUCUACUUGUUUUUGAGGGCGGUUGGUUUCGGCCUUUUCAUUACACGGUCCAAGAAUUCCUCACUCCCAUCGACUCAAAGUUAACUGAUAGCGUUGAUUUGACCAUUCUCCAAAAAUACCAAAUUACCAUAAAUCACCACGCAAAUCUGGCAGAAAUUUGCCUCCAAUAUCUGUUGUUACCGGAAUUGGGCCAGGGACAGGCUUGGUUUGACUUGCGAGGAUGUUUUCCACUGUUACGAUAUGCAGCAGCUUUUUGGUAUCAGCAUGUCAAUGGCCUCCCUGAAUUAUCAGAGUCCUUGGCUCAUUUAAUUGACACGUUUCUCGAUGGUAACCAUGAAGAAAAUCUUCUCGCGGCUUUUCGGGUAGAGGGGGAGGAAUUUUACUGGACCGAGUCUAUCAACUCGUUGAAUUAUUGCUUAUCAUUCAAUAUCCUCCACCUCUUCGAAAGAUCUCAUCGAUUCGAGACUUCAAUCGCCAACCAGGAGAAAUACAAAGAAGCCUUACACUACGCUGUCUACGGAGGAUUAAUAUCAGUGGUCGAAUUUCUUGUGAAGAGAGGGUUCUCAAUCAAUUCUUACGACAAUAGAAACCAUACUCCACUUUAUAUCGCUGCUUUAGCUGGGAACAAGGAGACAUUAAUGUUUCUGUUAGAAAAGGGGGCAGAUAUUAAUAUGGAGUGUGCGGAAGGCAACAGCGCCUUAGGAAUGGCUGCCUAUUAUGGUCAUUUAGAGGUCGUACGCAUACUCCUCAACGCGCGAGCUGAUGUCAACGCUCAGGGUGGAAUGUUGGUCGAUGCCCUGUACGCAUCUGCAGGUCAAGGGCACCAGGAGACCGUACAGAUGCUCUUAGAUCGAGGGGCUAAUGUCAACGCUCAGGGUGGGUACUAUGGCAAUGCUCUGCAAGUAGCUGUAGUUGAAGGACACAAGGAGACCGUACAGAUGCUCUUGGAUCGAGGGGUUGAUGUCAACGCUCAGGGUGGAAAGUACGACAAUGCACUGCAAGCAGCGCGUUCCAAGAACCGUCGAUAUGUUCUUAAGUUGCUUGUGAAAGCCGGGGCCCGCGAAGAUAACUCGGAAAACAACGAUCUACAAAACACUAAAUGA